AGCGUGAGCCAAGACAAGAACAAUGUCGCUGCGUGUUUUCGGCUUAAAUUUAUUAAAAAAUAACAGAAGUCUGCUUCAAAAUGCUCUUAGAAACAAUGGAGCGCCUGGUGCCCAAGUGCUUGCGGUGGCGCCGUACACUACACAGGUGACCGUCCAGGCCACACCGGCUGCUGUUCAGAAGCAAAAGGUGAGCAAAGCCAUGAAAGCAUACCUUGAGCGGGCUAAUGAGCACGACGAGUUUAUGAAAACUCAAGACCUGGAGUUUCAAAUUGGAAAACGACAUUUGGCAAAUAUGAUGGGCGCUGACGCAGAAACCUUUACGCAAGAAGAUAUUAAUGAAGCCAUCGCCUAUCUCUUUCCCUCAGGCUUGUUUGACAAGCGGGCUCGUCCCGCGAUGAGAACACCUGAAGAGGUGUUUCCAGCACGUAAGGCAGCCGAGUUUGAUGAGACUGGUCGCCCCUUUCACAGCAUGUUCUACACGGGCAAACCCAAUUUCUUCCAGCUACUACACGAUAUUGUUAAGGAAACAAACUAUCUGUAUGACCUUGAAGAGCGCAUGCUGAGGCGUGGAAACAAACCAGAUGAAAACCAAAAGCUCGAAACGGCUGGUUUUCAGUUGUUGUCGAAGGAUCAACUGGAACGCGUGCUUGUGGAACACAUUGUGGAUAUUGAAUAUCAGAGUUUUACCAAUGCUAUGGAACGUUUAAUGUCCUCGCCUUAUUCGUAUAAAAGCAAAGCAUUUAUCGAACGCUUUCUAAAACCUUUGAUUGAUCAAUCAAAGCAACUAGAGGUGCCCAAGCCAAAGAUUGAUGAGCAAGGUCGCCAGUACAUAACGACAUAUGAGUGCCUGCGCAAGACGGCACGUGCCGAUGUCACUGUACGUCUGCCCGGCACAGGAAAAAUAACCAUCAAUGGUCAGGAUAUCACGUACUUCAGCAUGGACGAAUGCAGAGAACAGUUGCUCUUUCCACUGAGCUAUAGCGAAAUGCUGGGCAAAGUUGAUGUGGAGGCCAAUGUGGAGGGCGGUGGUCCAUCCGGUCAGGCGGGCGCUAUCCGUUGGGGUAUUGCCAUGAGUUUGCGCAGCUUUGUUGAUCAAGAGAUGAUUGAGUCAAUGCGUUUGGCCGGCUUGCUGACACGUGACUACCGCAGACGGGAACGCAAGAAGUUCGGACAGGAAGGCGCACGUCGCAAAUACACGUGGAAGAAACGCUAAGCGGCAAACUACAAAGCCGCGUUUCAUUUCUACUCCUUCAAUGUUCAAUAAAAAAAACUAUAUUAAAU